AGGGUUGAAGCGGUCGGCGCCGAGGUGACUAGCCGUUGUUGCUGAGCGUUGCUGCCCCGACAGCUGUGUGUGUGAGACUCAAGUCCCGGGCUCGGAGCCAUUUUCUGGCCAGGGUGUUCUGCUCCCUUCUCCUCUGCCCCCGGAGGAGAAAUCGUCAGUGCCCCAUGGCUCUAGGAGGCAUGUUCAGGAAUUCGGCAGCCAUCUAUUUGCACCUGGUGGGGCCCCUCCAGAGAAAGAAGGCUGGAGCUUCACUCAGCAGGUGCUUGCACCAGACUCUCACCAUGUCCAAAAGGCUACAGGCUCGAAGGCUGGAUGGGAUCGACCAUAACCCAUGGGUGGAGUUCACCAAGUUGGCCAGUGAGUAUGACACUGUGAACUUGGGACAAGGCUUCCCUGACUUCCCGCCUCCAGACUUCGCCAUGGAAGCCUUUCAGCACGCUGUCAGCGGAGACUUUAUGCUCAACCAAUACACCAAGGCGUUUGGUUACCCACCACUGACAAAGAUCCUCGCAAGUUUCUUUGGGAAGCUGCUGGGACAGGAGAUAGACCCUCUCAAGAAUGUGCUGGUGACUGUGGGUGCCUAUGGGGCCCUGUUCACAGCCUUCCAGGCCCUGGUGGAUGAGGGCGAUGAGGUCAUCAUCAUCGAGCCUUUUUUUGACUGUUACGAGCCCAUGACACUGAUGGCCGGAGGUCGUCCUGUGUUUGUGUCCCUGAAACCAACCCCCACCAAGAAUGGGGAACUGGAUUCCAGCAGCAACUGGCAGCUGGACCCCAUGGAGCUGGCCAGCAAGUUCACACCUCGCACCAAAGCCCUCAUCCUCAACACACCCAACAACCCCCUGGGAAAGGUGUUCUCCAAGGCAGAGCUGGAGCUGGUGGCCAGUCUGUGCCAGCAGCAGGAUGUGAUAUGCAUCACUGACGAGGUCUACCAGUGGCUGGUCUUCGAUGGGCAGCAGCACAUCAGCAUUGCAGCGCUCUCUUUGGCCUUGGCAGCCAGCCUCCCUGGCAUGUGGGAACGCACUCUGACCAUUGGCAGCGCUGGCAAGACCUUUAGCGCCACGGGCUGGAAGGUGGGCUGGGUCCUGGGCCCGGAGAGUCUCAUGAAGCACCUGUACACAGUGCAUCAGAACUCUGUCUAUCACUGCCCCACGCAGGCCCAGGCCGCAGUAGCCCAGAGCUUGGAGCGGGAGCAGCUCCACUUCGGCCAGCCCAGCAGCUACUUUGUGCAGCUCCCACAGGCCAUGCAGCGCACUCGCGACUACAUGAUACGAAGUGUGCAGUCGGUGGGCCUGAGGCCCGUGAUCCCCCAGGGCAGCUACUUCCUCAUCACAGACAUCUCGGACUUCAAGAGCAAGAUGCCUGACUUGCCUGGUGCUGUGGACGAGCCCUAUGACAGACGCUUCGUCAAGUGGAUGAUCAAGAACAAGGGCUUGGUGGCCAUCCCCGUGUCCAUCUUCUACAGCGUGCCGCAUCAGAAGCACUUUGACCACUACAUCCGCUUCUGCUUUGUGAAGGAUGAAUCCACGCUCCAGGCCAUGGACAAGAAGCUGCAGGAGUGGAAGGAUGAGCUCAGGGCCUGAUGUCACGCCCUCAGCCCUGCCUCGCCUGCUUGGUCCCUGCAUGCCCUGCACGGCUCUUUGUCCAGGAUUUGGUCAUUCUGAGGCUGGGGAUAGAUGGUACUGCUGAGCCCUUUCUCUGUGACGCAGGUUGGCCCCAGGGAAGAGCCCUCCUUCUUAGUCUUGGGGGGUUGGGAGCACCUUCCUAUGGUACCUACAGUCUUGUGGAGGUAAGGGAGGCCUGACCCGGGCCCUCUGUGACCCUCCCACCCUCUGGCCUCCCAGGCUUGGCUGGGACUGAGUCUAACAGUGGACUGGCCUUGAGUCCCUGCCCUGAACCCAGCCAGGGCUCAGGCAGCCCUCCCUUUCCUUAUCUAAACUUGACCUUGAGAAAUUGCCCUUGGGCUCCAAUCCUCA